AUGGAUAAAUAAUAAGAAGCCAAUUAUAUAUUUUUAAGUCAUGAUUAGCCAAAACAUAAUUGGAGAAUUAUAUGUAAAAUACAUAGUUUAUGAAAUUUUAGGUCCAUAUAAGCAAUAGCUAUAAUUUGGAACCCCAUUUUUGAUUUAAGACACUUCUAAUGGAUAUUAUAUGAAUAUAGAUAUGUUUAAUCCAAAAAACAAUGAGAGCAACGAGUUUGUAGUUGUAUUAAAAAAGAAUAUUGAAACUACAUCUUUAUGGGUAGUGUAUUAUAUGAAAUGA